AUAAUUAAUUUCCCAAGAAAAUCUCCCACCAAAUGCUACCCCAAGAUUUUUCCAACUCACGGCAGAAUUACAAACCACUGGUCUCUGUCUCAAACCCAUGUGAACCCUUCUCUCUCUUCCCCCUAUAAAUAUGUAUGAGCAUGCUCACAUCACAUUAUCACAAUUCACAAGACACAUUUUCUUAUUCACUUCUCGUCUUUAUCUUGUUGACUAUUAGGGGCCAAGAACCGAGAUGGGUUCUCGGCACAAGGCUCUGUUUGCUCUGUUUCUGCAAGCUCUGUUUCUGCUUCCAGAACAGGGGAGGUGCAAAACAGGGCACUCUCACAAUGUGAGCAGCAGCGUUACCAAAGGAAGCCAUUCAAAGGCCAGAAAACAAGUAUGUAAUCUGUACCAAGGGUCAUGGGUGGAAGACUCCACCUAUCCCCUUUUCAAUCCCAAAGGCUGUCCAUUCAUUGACCCUGAGUUCGACUGCGUUAAGUAUGGCAGGCCCGAUUUGGAGUACCUCAAAUACAGGUGGCAGCCAUCCUCCUGCGCCGUUCCCAGGUUUGACGGAAACCAGUUUCUGAAGACAUGGGGAGGGAAGAAGAUCAUGUUCGUGGGUGACUCACUGAGUCAGAACAUGUGGGAAUCGCUGGCUUGUAUGAUUUACGCGUCGGUACCAAAUUCGAAGACCGUCGUAAAGAGGAACAACCCCAUUUCCAGUAUAACCUUCCAGGACUGUGGUCUAAAUCUGUCCCUCUAUCGCACGCCCUACCUUGUGGACGUAGUUAAAGAAAACGGCAAGUCGAUACUGGAUCUCGACUCCAUCAAUGCCGGGGAAGCAUGGAAGGGGAUGGACAUGCUGGUCUUCAACUCCUGGCACUGGUGGCUUCACAGAGGAGUCAAAUCUCAAGGAUGGGAGCUGAUACGAAGCAAGGGUAAACUGGUUCAUGACAUGGACAGGCUGGAAGCUUUUCGCGAAGGUCUUACAACCUGGGGUAAUUGGGUGGAUAACAACGUCGAUCCCUCCAAAACCAAACUCUUCUUCCAAGGCAUUUCUCCCACCCAUACUAAUGGGAAUGAGUGGAACCAGCCGGGUGCGACCUGUAAAGGGCAACAGGAGCCUCUUCCGGGGUCAAGGUACCCAGGAGGAGCACCGCCGGCGACCGGAGUGGUUUCUGAUGUGUUGAAGCAGACGAAGACGAAAGUGGAGCUGCUGGACAUAACGCUUCUGUCGCAACUGAGGGUGGACGCUCAUCCCUCCGCCUACAGCGGCGACCACCCCGGCAACGACUGCAGCCACUGGUGCAUCCCCGGCUUGCCGGACACCUGGAACCAACUACUGUAUGCGGCUCUCGUCGGCACCGCUCGGCGACGCUGAAUAAUGAUUGUUUAGUCGGUCUGCCGACUUUUUUUCCUCUUUUGUUUUUUAGGUGCAUUGUUUACUAACUUACCAUUGAGGAAGAUAAUAAAUUAAAGGGGGGAUAUUUAUUGUAAGGAUCAAAUUGAUUACUGUAAAGUAAUUGAUUUAUGAAUAACAGAUGAAAUUAAAUCAA